CCGCCACUAUUUAUGCACAGACACCUCGCUUUCCUCUCCACUCUGAGUCGCUCCUCAUCUCUCUCUCUCUCUCCCCGUUGCGCGUCGUCAGUGGGCGAGCGUGCGUGUGGUGUGCAGUGUGCUGUUGUUAGGAGCGGAUCAGUUGGUUUCUUGGUUCCGUUCUUCCCAGAUGGACCUGUUCCCGUCUCCCAGUCCCAGCCCGUCGCCGUCCUCCGCGCCCGCCGCGCCGGAACCGUGGCAGUGCUCUGGCCUCGGCUCCGCGGCGUGCGGCCUGGCCUGGAGGGUGCUCUGCGCCAUCGCCACCUGCGUCUUCGUCGCAGUGGGUUCGCUGGUCGGGGCGGUGACGGGGUCGAUGAUCGGGCUGGCGACGGAGAGCGGGAUGCUACGCGGCGCCGGCAUCGGCGCCAUCUCCGGCGCCGUGUUCUCCAUCGAGGUCGCCGAGUCAUCCCGCGACCUCUGGCACUCCGGCGACUCCAGCGUCUGGAGCCUCCUCAACAUGGUGGAUAUCAUCUCCAGCCUCCUGAGCGGCAGGCUGGUCCGCGAGAAGGUGGGGCCGGCGGUGCAGAGCGCCGUGCGGACUCAGAUCAGCGCCACCACUAGCUCGCCGUUCGCGGAGACCAGCGAUCUGUUCGAGACCAACGGCGGCACCAAGGGGCUCCCCGCGGACGCGCUCCGCCGGCUGCCGGAGAUGGAGAUAUCCGAGGACAGCGCCGUGGACAAGGCCGGCGAGGCGCUCUGCUGCUCGGUGUGCCUGCAGGACUUCCGGCUGGGCGAGCCCGCGCGGAGGCUGCCCGGCUGCCGGCACGUCUUCCACGUCCCGUGCAUCGACCGCUGGCUGGUCAGGCACGGGUCCUGCCCGCUGUGCCGGCGAGACAUCUGAAAUCGAUCGGCGUUUCUUGGCUCUGUAAAUUGGUGUGCCAUCAUCAUAUCACGCGCCGAUUGGACGUCCGGACGAGCUGAUGGAUUAGUGGAGUAGGAUUGUAGAAACAGCGGCACCUUGAUGCCCGUAAGAAGGGAACGGGCCGCGACCUCGCAAGAAAAACGAAGCGAAAAGCAAAGAAAACGACAUCUGUAACGACGAUCGAUCUCAUGACGAGAAGAUCGAGGUAGUUCAGAGACCGUGUGUCGUUCUCAUCUGGCUUUAAUUCCCUGCCUGAGUAUAUAGGAGUACCUUGCAAAAUUGCAAGUUCAGGA